UGACAGGAACGAAACUUCAACUCAGCUGAUAGAAGAAGCACGUAUUGUUGUUUGAAAUUUUAAAAUUAAAUAAUUAGCUUGGAAAGUAAAAAAAUAUUUUGAGAAAAUAUCUUACAAUUAUAAUAACAAAAUGGGUGUCGAUAUUUUGAGCUUCGCUUACGCUGCUACUGUUGCUGCUGGAGGCAUCAUGGGGUAUGCCAAAGCAGGAUCUGUACCUUCAUUGGGCGCUGGACUCAUUUUCGGAUCGAUCCUAGGUGUUGGCGCGUACCAGCUGAGCCAGGAUCCCUCAAACUACACUCUCAUGUUGGGCACCACAUCCACUCUCGGAGGUCUUAUGGGAUACAGGUAUUACAACAGCAGGAAGUUCAUGCCAGCCGGUCUCGUGUUCUGUAUGUCAGUCGGUAUGCUCGCUAAAAUAGUAUUCAAACAUGUCAGCGCUCCGUCCGCUAUAGCUUCGAAAGGCUAACAAAACCCUGUGAGUGAACCUUUUUAGUCCCUAUUACUCAAAAGUUUAAAGGUAAGCGUCCCCAAGCCCGCAUCGUACGCAACGGAUUUUAGUUAGUCUUGUAUAGAAACUCCUACAACUGCGUCCACUGAUCCGCAUCGUACGCACCGCAUCAUCGGCAAUGCCGAAAUGCGAUGCGUACCGAUGACGUCAAACAGAUGCGUGCGAUGUGUACGAUGUGGGUCUGUGAACGCUUACCUUUAUACAAGUGUUGUCCAACAUCUUGAGUGAAAAAAGGUUCUUAUUUUUAAGAGAAACCAUGUAAUAAGUUCUAUUUAUUACAGUGCGAGGUGAUAAAUAUUGCAUGUCGACUUUUGGAAAGAGACAUUAUUCCAAGUAGUCGCGUAUACUACCUACUAAUGCUUAUGAGCCGCUAAAACUAGUCUAGUUUCUGUUAGCAUCACAAAAAGAUUGGUCCAAAUAAAUGAUCCUAAUAUCUCUUUCCACAAGUCAAUGUGCAAUAUUUAUCGCCAGCUACUGUACGUGUUUUUGGUUCAAAGAAUGUUGUAUUUUUUUUUUCAUUUGAUAAUUGAUGUGUACCUAAUGACUGAUUUUCAUAAUGUGCAUUGAAGUCCAUGUAUGACACUUAUUUUUGUAUAUUUUGUAGUCUAAUGCAUUACGCACAACCUUUAGUGCAAUAGUAUGUGUUCACUUGUUUUGCAUUUAGCAUAUUAAUUUAUAACAGUUUUUUUAAUGCUUAUUUCUUAAGCAGGUUUUUAUAAAUGGUGGCUAAAUAAAUAGGUGUUGGGAAUUA